UGCCAGUUAAAGGGUGUUCCUUACCUGUUCGCCUUACGACUAUAUUUCCAUCUACAUAACCAAAGGAUCAACAACAAAUUCUUGGAAGACAUUCAAAGAAUGUCCAACAAAGAUGUGUAUCUAGGGCGACAUGGACAUCUGUUAUUAGGUGUGGAAAAGGAAGCAGACAAAGAGGUCUACCAACGAACAUCAGCAUAAUCUUUGACUGAGCUGAAGGCUGAACCAGAUAUUGUUGAGGAAGGUCAGAAGACUUUCACAGUGGCAUGGUUCCCCAUAAAUGAAAAAAACAAGGGCGCUGAAAAGAUCCUGUUUCCAAGAAUUGUUGGUGGAAAAACACCUGAAAUGGGAAACCACUUCAUACUUUGGGUUUUUGAUGUACAAGCAAAACAGUUGAGGAUUUAUGAUUCAACGGGCAUCUACACCACUAUAGAUGAAAGUGAUAUGGAGAUUUUGAGGGAGGGUUUACAAGAACUUGGAUCUCUGGAUGGCUGGACUAUUAGCUAUCCAAAACAAUUGUUGCAGUGUGAUGGUGUGAAUUGUGGUGUAUUUGUUUGCACUGACUUCCCGAUUCUAAUUGAAGAAAGAGAGGACACUCAAUUAGACAAUAACUGCAUGGCACAAGAUAUAAAAGCCUGUGUUUAUCAGAACCUUGGACACAAAACUCUUUACCCACAAAUUAAACUCAUAGAGUGGGUUCAAUGUGACAGGUGUGACAAAUGGUUACACAAGAUUGUGCUGGCAUAGACCCUGCAAAAAUUGAUGAAAACACACCCUUCAGUUGUGGUUGUCAUCAGCCAUCAUAUUCUUGUCAACGGACUCGGGAGGCUUUGAAGCAGGGGCUUUUGGUUGAUUCCGUUGUGAGGGACGAAUAAAUUGUGAAGCUCGAUCAAGACCACACAUCUGGUGCUUUAAAAUCCCACCGUAUGUUUUUACACCUCCAUCCCGCAUAUGCCCCAAAAUUAAAAAAACAAUGCAACUUGCGGAUUUCCUAUUUUAAUGAAGAACAGACAGAGGGGAUCAUUGACAAAGUUUACAGUGUACUAUCACUGAAAAAAGAGGACAUAUCAAGCACUAAAUGAGAUCGACUGUAUUUUGCAACCUUACGAAGCAAGCCGAAAAGCACAGCAAAUACGCAUUACUUCAGCACAGAUGAGGAGUUUGUGUACGAAAACUUUUAUGCUGAUUUUGGACCCCUCAACCUUGCUAUGCUGUACAGAUACUGCUGUAAACUCAACAAAAAGCUGAAGUCGUUUACACUGACCAGAAAGAGGAUUGUGCACUACACCAGCUUUGACCAGCGCAAAAGGGCUAAUGCCGCAGUGCUGAUCGGCGCUUAUGCUGUGAUUUACCUGAAGAAAACACCAGAAGAAGCCUACAGAGCCCUGAUCUCCGGCUCCAAUGCCUCCUAUCUUCCUUUCAGGGAUGCUUCAUUUGGAAAUUGCACAUACAACCUGACGGUUCUUGACUGUUUACAAGGCAUUAGGAAGGCCCUGCAGCAUGGAUUUUUGAACUUCGAGACUUUCGAUGUUAACGAAUAUGAACAUUAUGAGCGUGUAGAGAACGGAGAUCUGAACUGGAUCACCCCAGGCAAACUUCUUGCUUUCAGUGGGCCACAUCCCAAAAGUAAAGUAGAGAACGGUUACCCUCUACAUGCGCCUGAGGCAUAUUUCCCGUAUUUCCGCAAACACAACGUCACGACCAUAGUUCGCCUCAACAAGAAGAUCUACGAUGCCAAGCGCUUUACAGACGCCGGUUUCGACCACUAUGACCUGUUCUUUGUGGAUGGCAGCACGCCCAGUGACAUCAUCACCCGCCGCUUCCUGCACAUCUGCGAGAGCACGAGCGGAGCGGUGGCUGUGCACUGCAAAGCGGGUUUAGGCCGGACGGGCACUCUAAUUGGCUGCUACCUGAUGAAGCACUACCGUUUCACAUCUGCCGAAGCCAUCGCUUGGAUCCGCAUCUGCAGACCUGGUUCUAUUAUUGGACCCCAGCAGCAUUAUUUAGAAGAGAAGCAGGCCAGUCUCUGGGCUCAUGGUGAUAGUCUACGGUCCAAGCAGAGGCAGUAUCAGGACAGAUCAGUGCCUCAGCUUAUCUCCAGUAUGGACAACCUCUCCAUCAGCACCUCCAUCUUUAAAUCCCACAGCUUGGACCGGAUGGAGGAGAAUGAUUAUGCUGAGAACGAUCUCGGUAUGACGCAAGGAGACAAACUGCGUGCCUUAAAGGGUCGACGGCAGCCGAGGUCUGCGACCACUGGAGCCAUAAGAGUCGAGGACGUGAAGGUGCACACUAGGUCUCCAUCUCAGCCUCUUAGUCGAAUGAAACCGCCUGCCUCCAGCCAGGGCUCCAUCUCCCCCCUCAAAUCCUCCAAAGUCCCAGCGUCGUCCUCCUCCUCUUCCUCCUCCUCCUCAGUCUCUGCCUCUGCCAAGCGAAUCGGCCGCUCUUCAUCUUCAUCCACCAACCUGAAGAGCACCAGGUUAGCCAGUUCUCUGGGCAACCUAUAUGAACCAAACACUGAAAGCAUCAGUUCCGGAAAGCCGCCUUCCCCGUCCUCGUUCACGCCCCAUCCCGUCCGCACCACCUACAAUUACCACUAUGAAGUCAACAACAACAACAAUCAGUAUAGCACCACCAGCUCCCCGAGCAAAAGCCUGGGCUACAACCUGAACCACAGCGGCCCGAGUGGAGCGUCUGCCAAUGCCCGGCUGUCGGCCGGUGAACAGGGGCACCAGCGGAACCCUCCGGCGGGGCUGAGCGGCCUGUCUACCCGACACCUCAGCCGAUCCAUUCCCUCCCUUCAGUCGGAGUAUGUUCAGUACUAAAGCCGCCAUUUUCCACUAACCCGUGGCGCCUUCACUGUGACCACCAAUUCGGGGAAUGAAGCUGAAAGGAGACACUUUUGAGACUGGUGUACGGUCAACCUUGCGAGGGCUGAUCUGGAGUCUGCUGCCAGCUGUUAAAUAACAAACUCGCCUUGGCCGUCCUUUUAUUUUUUAUUUUUAUUUUUUUCUAAAAGGAGAUUUUCCAUGUAUUAACAUACAUAGAUGUCCUGAACAAUAUUUUUAAAUGAUUUUUGUACUAUUUUAUCUACAAUUCUUAUGCUCAGCAUCAAGGUUUGUUUGGUAUAUUAGUGUAUCUGUGGAUUAGGGAAUUUGCUCUGACGUAAAUGUCACGUUUUUGUCUCUCUCGAGUAUUUACCGAGUAACAUAUCAAGUGCGAGGGCUAUUUUUGAAAGGUGCAAAAUGGUUUGACAGCUAUGUGUCGCCUUCAAAGGGGAUUUUUGGGCAGCAGAAGCGAUUAAAGAGUGUUGUGUUUUCUUCAUUUGAGGUCUAAGGUGGACUCGUCUCCACGCAACAGUGGACGGCUAAUGAGACCACGACCACGAUUUGCAAGCAAACUUUAUUUUUUCCUCUCUGGAAAAUGAAGGGCUUUGUUUGUUGAGUAGGACUCAGGGUGGACUCCUUUUUAUUUUACAUAUUUUUCUGUGUCGUUGUGACAUCAUAAUGCGUGUUAUUAUCAAACUAAUUCAGAUCUGAGCUUUUAAAAAGCUUUAAGGGCUGUUGAAAACGCUUCAUCUUCACGAGUGUCCUUUCACCAGCACUUCUGAAAUAUAACAUCUCAUGUACGAGUUGGUUUUAUUAGCCAGCAUUUUCUGCGAAAUAUGAAUGAUAAAGCAUAUGAAGAAAUAGCUCAAUCAAAAGCUGCAACUUUCUAUUACGGCAGUGUUUCUCAACCACGUUCCACCAACACUGCAUGUUUUGCAUGCCUCCUUUGUCUGUCAUACCCAUUACAGAUCUUACUGUCUCUGCUGAUAAGCUGGUCAUCUGAAUCAGGUGUGUUUGAUUAAGGAGACAUGGAGCUGGUGGGACGUGGUUGAGAAAAACUCUUACAGUACAAGAGCUUGGGUUUAGGAGAUGAUGUGAAUUACAAAAUCCUUCAUGUUAGUGCACAUAAUGAAUGUACAGCUUAAUACGACUUUAAAUUCGGUUCAUUUAGGACAGGGGUGGCCAAUCCUGUUCCUGGAGAGCCACCAUCCUGCAGAUUUCAGUUGCUACCUAUAUCAAACACACCUGAACCAAUUAAUUAGGACCUGAACACCACAUGAUAAUUACAGGCAGGUGUGUUUGAUAUAAGUUGCAACUGAAAUCUGCAGGAAGGUGGCUCUCCAGGAACAGGGUUGGCCAUCCCUGAUUUAGGAUGUUUACGGUUAUGUGCAAACAAUUCAUCAAACAGUGUUUGUGUAGGUUUACCAGCAGAUUUAUGGAAAGAAAAACCUUUUGAUUAUUUAUAUACAUCACCAAAAAAGCACAGUAGAGUCAAUUCAACUUGAAUUUAUUUCGUUUGUGAAACACAAAAUAAUGUGCAAAUUUACUGAGCUCUUUUUACAAAAUGGGACUGUUGAACUUCAGAUGUAUCAUAAAAAUACUGGGUUAAUUUAGUUUAAAAGACAUUUUAUGAAAUUUUAUUGCUUUAAAAUGUACUUGGUGUGAAAAUAAUGAAGUAAUCGCUAUUCCAGUCAUUUAUUUUAUAAAAGCUUUUCAUUAUUUAAAAAAAAAAUUCUAAUUAAAACAGCUUGAUCCAAAUGUGAAACUGGGAAACUUAAUAGAAAUGUCAUCAAAUCUGGCUACAGCAGAGGCCAAGCUUCUGUGCAAAUUACAACAGUUUUAUUAUCAUUUUUAUUAUUAUUUUUAAUCAUGUAAAGCAAUUUUACGUCUUCGUUAUUAUAUAAAUCUAUUGAAAUGUGACAAACCAGUUGAUUGUGAUGACAAAGUUAAUGUACUCAUUUACAUUUGGACCUCAACAGCCCUAUUCGUUUCAUUUAAUGAAAUAAAAAGCAGCUCAAACACUUUGUCUAGCAUCUUUUGUGUUCCACUGAGAAAAUUAUAAGUCAUGUAUGUUUAUUUUAGGCGAGUAAAUGAUGACGGUUCAUUUUUGGGUUAAACCAGCCCACAUGUAUUUGAACAAAUACUCCAUUUUUAUGCAAUUGUAGCUGAUUUGACUGUUCUGUAUCUGCGUAUUUUAGCCCAUGUAGCACUCUGUACAUUCCAGACGGUGUUAUGAAUAAUGUAUGUGUAUAUAUACGUUUUGGGAGAAUCUUAUUUGAUUGAAGUAUUCUACCUCUUUAACAUAUACAUGAUGUAAACUACUAUCUUGCUUAUGGAAAAAAAAUAUACAUAUAUAUAUAUUUUUGGAGCAGUGUGUAAAGAAAAUCUAACAAUGUUAGAGCAGUGUUUGCUUUUCACAUACUAGAUGCACAUUAAAAUACAAUGUAGUGGGUUGUACAUUACUCUAUUUUUCAAUGUAAACAUGAUUUUGAAGAGCCGAAUGAAAAUAAAAGACAAAUUUUGCUUUA